AUGAGGUUGAGAAGAAGUAAUCUCACAAUUUCAAUUCUGAUCAGAGGCAAACAAGCAACAAUCCAACAAGAUGGUACGAGUAGCCCCCACCAGCAACAAAAGCAUGAGCUCUUCCAGUAAUCCUGCUGGCAAGCAAGUAAGCUUUGGAGAAUCCACCACUCACACAGUGGAAUCCGUUCCAAGUGAUUGCAAGUCCGCAGUUUGGUACAACGGCCGACAGCUUCAGAUCAAAGUCAGCCAAGAGAUCACUCGCGCCAAGCUUUGCCCCAAGAAACAACUAGAAGAGUCUGAACUCUCCUGGCGAGGUCUGGAGAACUACCAAAAGGGAUACAGCCGCGAAGAAAAGGCUCUCAAGCACACCCGCGCCGUGGUUAAGGAAUACCGAUCACAAGUAGUCGAGUUUGGAGACUGCGAUCUAGAAGACUUGCGUGACGUUGCCAAAGCGCACUCCAAAGCCGAUCGAGUCAAAGCUCGCAAAAUGGGGGUCAAAGAUGCCGAAGCAGCGCGCAAACAACAGCAACCACAAGACAAGAGCCAUACUGCCAUCCUUACCAGCUUUACUAGUAGCACCACACGCAGCAGUAGCCAGGGCAAGCGCCCAUUGGCAUGGUUCCAAGCGCUCCGGGCACGAACCACACGCCCUCGCAUCUAACUAAAUCUAUUGCUCCAUCUCUCCUAUCCUCCCUCCAAGCAACUUUCAUCAUUAUCAUCCAAAGACCAAAGAUGGAAUCUGUAACACUAAUAACCAAUACCUUUAC